ACGAGUAGAAGAAGGAUAUAGUCAUAGAGUCACAGAAGAGGCGGCGAGUGUUGGGUUGAGAAUCCUAUCUUGUUCGUCUUUCUCGUCUUCUUUCUUUUCUUUUGUUUUUCUUGUGGAUGUGAAACAGAAUCUAUGACGAGUCAAUCGGCGAAGAACCUAUUGGUUUUGUUGGGGCUGGGUUUAGCUGGAAUAGUUCUAAUCACCAGAAAGCUCAAGAAGUCUGUCAGAAAGGAUUUGGGGGCUUUCAUUGAGAAGCUUCAGCUGCUUCCUCCUCCCCAGCCUGCUCCUCCCAAGGCUCCCCAUCCCCUCACCGCACUCACCUUCGCACUUUCCGACCUAUUUGACAUCGAAGGACACGUGUCGACUUUCGGGCAUCCGGAGUGGGCUCGGACUCACGAACCCGCUUCUUCCACUGCUCCUGCUGUUUCCGCUCUCGUCGAAGGAGGUGCUACCUGCGUUGCAACUACCGUUCUCGAUGACUUAGCUCUAGGUAUUGGCGGUGAAAAUAAGCAUUAUGGAACGCCCACCAACCCUGCUGUUCCUGCUCGAGUACCUGGUGGCUCCUCUAGUGGUGCUGCUGUCGCCGUUGCUGCCGAUUUCGUUGACUUUGCACUGGGUAUUGAUACAGUUGGCGGGGUUAGAGUACCUGCUGGAUUUUGUGGCAUUCUAGGAUUUCGACCUUCACAUGGUGCUGUUUCUCAUUUGGGAAUCAUACCUAUUUCAACAAGUCUGGACACUGUUGGUUGGUUUGCAAAGGAUCCCAAUAUAUUGCGUCGAGUUGGCCAUAUACUUUUACAAGCACCAUUUGCAAUGCAACGCAGUCCUCGGCAAAUAGUUAUAGCUGAUGAUUGUUUUCAGCAUAUAAAUGUUCCUCUUGACAGGAGUUCUCAAGUGGUGGUCAAAACCACUGAGAAGCUUUUUGGAAGGCAAGUAUUGAAGCAUAUAAAUCUUGGGGACUAUUUAAGUUCUAGAGUUCCAAGCUUGAAGGGGUGCUCUGGACAGAAAACAAAUGGUGAAGUGAAAGCUUCCGCAUUAAAAUUACUUGCCAACAUUAUGCAAUCCCUACAAAGGCAUGAAUUCAGACUUAAACAUGAUGAGUGGAUGAACACAGUAAAACCUGAACUUCAUCCUGGUGUUUCGGCACAAUUGCAUGAAAAAUUCGAGGUAUCUGAUGCAGAGAUUGAAAACUCUAAAUCUGUUAGAAGUGAGAUGUGUGCUGCUGUAAAUUCACUUUUGAAGGACGAAGGAAUUUUGGUUAUCCCCACUGUAGCUGAUCCUCCUCCAAAAUUAGGUGGGAAGGAGAUCCUAUCAGAGGAUUAUCAGAGUCGUGCAUUUAGUCUGUUAAGUAUUGCUAGCAUAUCAGGUUGUUGUCAGGUCUCAAUACCAUUAGGAUUUUAUGACAAGUAUCCUGUUUCGGUGUCCUUGAUAGCUAGGCAUGGUGGUGAUCGAUUUUUACUUGACACACUACAGACUGUGUAUACAACUCUCCAAGAACAGGCUGAUAUUGCUUCCAAAAGCAAAUCAUCUGGAAAUGCUGUCAGUAAGGAGCAAUCUGCUGAAAUUGCCAAAGAGAAGGGAAACCAAGCCUAUAAAGAUAAGCAGUGGCAAAAAGCCAUUGGAUUUUAUACAGAAGCUAUCAAACUCUGUGGUGACAAUGCAACAUAUUAUAGUAACAGGGCUCAAGCGUAUCUAGGACUUGGAAGUUAUCUUCAAGCUGUGGAGGAUUGUACAAAAGCAAUUAGUCUUGACAAAAAGAAUGUGAAGGCCUAUUUUCGUAGAGGUACAGCUAGAGAGAUGCUAGGUUACUACAAGGAAGCAAUUGAUGAUUUUAAACAUGCCCUUGUACUUGAGCCAACCAACAAAAGGGCAGCUUCAGCUGCUGAAAGGUUGAGGAAGCUAUUCCAGUAGAUACAUAAUUGUUGCACGAGAUAUCCUAUAUAAUGGCUGCAAAAUGCUAUUCGUUGGUGCUGGUGACCUAUACACACUCAGACGAUUAAUGAGUUUCUAGUUACAAUAAUUACUUACGUAAGAGUAAUCCGACAUGUGAUUUCUGCAGAAUGAUAAUGAUUCUUUUGUACUUGGAGGCAAUGGCAAUUUUUAGACGUGGGAAGCAUGUAUUGUACCAACCUUUCUUCAGGUUUUCUGUGACAAAAGUUAAUUGUUAUUGCCAGAAUGAGUCCCAAUUUUGCUUGAGGUAAAUAUAUUCGGAUUGUAAUGUCAGUCAAGUGAGGCGGUUCUUUAUGACUAUAGCUCGGUAUUCAACUGUUUUUCUUUUAAAGUAGAUUGUACUUCACAGUUUUAUAAUUUGUGCCUAGUGGAAGUACUUCAUUUGUUAGUGCUUAAAGUCAAGUGAGGCGCAUGCUCAUGACUUUAGCUGUGCAUUUUUCUUAAAAAUAGAUCGUAUUUCACUGCCCUUUUA